CUCUGAGCUCAGUGGGAACUUUGAAUUGCUUAGCCGUUUCUGUGUCGGUCAAAGUCGGUUGUGGCGCCCGGUGUGAGGUUCCUCUCCGCCGGCCUCUGUGGCAGGAAGCUCCGGCUCGUUCCGAGCUCUGCCCGCUGUGUUUCUGGGCUUCCCUCAGGUAUCGCUGUUCCCGGGCUGAGCGUUUGGGCUUUCAGGCAUAAUCUGUGAGAAGGCUUUUCUAAAGAGAUGAAAAAGAAUGACAGCACAUAGGGGGUCAGUUAUAGGCAGACGGUGAUCAGCCAGACAGGGUGACAUUUCUGAGCACUUGAUGCAUGUCGGCACUUGCAUUAGAAGGGGUAUUCCCAUCCUGUUUUGGCCCAAGGAGGUGGUUGGGAGCUGAAAACGGCUGAAGUGGGUGUUAUAAAGCUAGAAGUUUUUCAGAAUGGAUGCGGGUGGUGAUUUUACCCUUUUGGUUGAUGAAAAAUUUGACUUUGAUAUUUCACUAUCUCCUACAAGUGCUAAAGAAGACAAUGUAGACUGUGAUGAUGAAGUGUUCGUUGGACCUGUGGGACAUAAAGAGAAAUGUGUUAGUGCUGCAUUAAAGAGCCAGUCUUCUGAGGAAAAACUCUCUCCCCUGACUACUGAGCAGGCAGUAUGGAGCCCCCUGAGUGGUGAUAAGUUUGUGGAGAUUUUUAAAGAAGCACAUUUACUUGCCCUACAGCUAGAAUGUUUUGCUAAUGAAGACCAAAAGAAAGCAGAACCUGCAACGCCCGUGCCAAACCCAGCGGUGGAGAAAUUUGUUCAGGAGUCAAAGUCAAAGCUAAAUCUUUUUGAUGCAUUUAAUGAAGUUAAUAAAACUCCAGUUGCUAUUAAAAGAGAGACUUAUUGUAUACAGGAUAGCCCGUUCCAUCAGCUUCCUCCCUCAGUUCAGCAAAGACUUACUGUAUCUAAUGGAAAAGCUGAAAUUUCAUGUGGCAUUAAAUCACAGAAUUGCAGUAAUCCUCUAAAGGUACCAAAACUGGUGAAAAGUCAUUCGUCUUCCCCACUUGCUCAGAAGAUCAAAGCUCCUAAAGUAAAAAGUGCUGCUCCAUUGGCAAACAAUGUUAAAACUGUAAGCAAACUUCAACCGAUGAAAGCACCUGCUGUACAUACGAAAAAUAACCAUUUAGCUGUUGAGAAGCCCAAAGCUAUAAAGAAGACUAGCCCAGCUAGAAGGAAAAACCUGAACAGCAUGGGUUCUACUGAGGACUUGCUUUCUGAUAAAUCCAGCAUUGCAUCUGAUAUCAGUGAUUCUUCCUUCAAUACCAGCAUUGUGGGACCAAGCAAAAGGACCCUACCUGUGCCAAAUAAGCUUGGGUUAAACAAAGUACAGUUCAAAACUCCGUCAGCUUCAACGGGAUUUAGAAGAAAUACAUCAUCCUCUUCAUCCUCCCAUUCCAGCAUGAAUGCUAGUCUGAACUCCAGUCUGUCCUUUUCUCCACCUGCAUCUAUUGCCAAACAAAAUGCAUCUCUUAGUGCCACUCUGAACACAUCAGUCACCAGUUCAAGAUUAAAGCCAAGUACAAACAGGCUGGCACUUGUUCGCCCUGUUAGUGGUGUAGCGUCAUCUUUAAAAAACACCACUAACUUACCAAAUGGCCAUCCAAAACAAAGUACAGCCACAAAACCAACUGUUAAUGCAUCUAGUUCCGUGUCUGUUUCGCAAUCACAACCUCCAUCUGGCAAAAUGUUAAGGCAGACAUCGGCACCGAAUUUACAACGUUUGCCUCCACCAUCUAAAAUGGAAAAUGCUGUAAAAGGGACAAAUGCAAAACCCCAGGCAAAGGUACUGCCUACUCCAACAAGUAGAUUAAAGCUUCCACAAAAGCAAGCAGGACCGUCACCUGAUCGUGCUAUAGGAAAGAAUUUUCCGCCAAAAAGGUUACUGUCUUGUGGUGAAAUUGGCAGUGGAAUUGCUCAAAGCACACCAUUGGGAGGCACAAAAGGAAUGACAACCAAUUCUAAUAUAGCACCAAGAAGUGUAUCAGCUACUCCUAACUCAAAACAUGUGUCCGCCUUGCCGACACCCAUCAGCCGCCGAGCAUCUGGACUUGUAACGCCAAGAACUAUCCCAAGACUGGUUUCUUCUCUGCGACAGGCCGCAACUGUUCAAGCCUUCACUGAAACUGUCAAGUCACCUGUUGGGUCUGCAGAAUGUGACCAGAAAAGGACCAAAACUGCCAACAGUCAAUGUUCGCCUAUUGAAGACCCUCCUGCCUCUAAUAAAAUAUGCUGCUCCUUGAACUUUUCUCCAGAAAACAAACCUGUCCUUACGGCAGAAAAUGAAGAAUGGUCAGUGCCUGAGAAACAAUCAGAGGUUUUAUUGAUUGAUAUUGAGGUGGAUAAAACUAAUAAAGUUAGAAAGCCAUCGUCCAUUGACAUUGACAGUCAACCUCUCAUUGACCUUUCCAACACACCUGAAUUUACACAGAGACUUAUCCCACUCAAGUCAGCUAAUAUUGGACAGUUGAUUGAUCUCAGUUCACCACUUAUGAAACUGAGUCCUUCAGGGAACAAAGAAAAUCUGGAAUAUGACUCUCCACUCCUGAAGUUUUAACACGUUUGUCUUGUAUAUGAAUGCUGAACUUCAAAUAUUUUGGAAAGAAUAACUAAGCAAUGACAGAAUCCAGAAAAGAUGCUCAAGAAUUGUCACUCCACAGAAUACAAGUAUUUACGAAGAUAUGUCAGGAGUAGUUGACAGGUCCUCUGUUUUUCUUCUAGUCCAUGUGAGCCUAUUGCUUAGUUUGUAUAGCAGUCUAAAUGUAUUUUUGCCUCUAUGAAAACGGGUACCUUUUUUAUGUAUGGAGUAAAUGUUAAAAGAAUCAAAUGUAAAAAAAUGCAAUACUUUAUUGUUUUAAUUGUAAUCUUGUGUAAUUAAAUUAAAGAUUUAAUACA